AUAGUCACAGUCGACACUUGUUUAACAUCACACUACCAUCACACGCUCUCUAGUCAGACAUUUUUGUAGUACAAAUCUAUUGUAGUUCGCAAGGUUAAGGCAAGGCGAUGAUAAUCCUUGUAGUAUUAUUGGUGCUCGCUUGCUGCUACUGGACGUAUUGGAGUGCGGGAGCCAGACGUUUAGACCGGGCCACCGCCGCCCUGCCAAGCCCACCCACUCUGCCUCUACUGGGAAAUGCUACGCUAUUCAUUGGUAACUCUGAACAAAUUGUCAAAACUCUCGAUGAAAUUGCAGUAUUGAGCUAUAAACAUAAAGGAGCUGUAAAACUCUGGCUUGGUCCUAAACUUUACGUAGCUGUAAGUAACGCGGAAGACGCGAAAGUAAUUCUGGAGAAUUGUUUAGAUAAAGAUGUUGUAUACCGUUUUCUCCGGGCAUGGCUCGGACAUGGACUUUUUGUCGCCCCACUUAACACGUGGAAAUCUCAUAGAAAAGUACUGUUACCAGUGUUUAAUAAUAAAGUCGUAGAGGAUUAUUUAGGAGUAAUUGGCGAACAAGCAGACAUAUUGGUUGAAAGACUUUCUGAACAAAUCGACAAGGGAUACUUCGACAUAUUUCGAUACGUAACCGCCUGUACACUGGACAUUGUAUUUGAAACAGCGAUGGGUGAGCGGAUGGACAUCCAACACUCCCCAGAUACGCCGUACCUUCGCGCCCGUCAUACCGUCAUGACAAUACUCAACAUGCGCUUCUUCAAGGUGUGGCUCCAACCCGACUGGCUCUUCAACUUGACUUCGUACGCUAAAGAACAAAGCGAAAGCAUCGAUCUUACACAUAAGUUUACAGACGAGGCGGUCCGAAAACGACGAUUACUAUACGAGCGAAAUAAAUCUAGGGAAAAAAAUGAUAAUUCAGAUGGCAAGCUCCGUGUGGUAUUGGACAUGUUAUUCGGGAGGGAGAUAGAGUUCACCGACGAGCAGCUAAGAGAGCACAUCGACUCUAUCACCAUUGCUGGCAACGACACCACCGCGCUGGUCACAGCCUAUACCCUCGUCCUGCUUGGCCUACAUCACAACGUGCAAGAGGAAGUCUAUCAAGAACAACUUUCUAUCUUCGGUAAAUCAAGACGAAAUGCUACAAAAGAAGAUGUUCAGGACAUGCACUGCUUGGAGAGGGUAAUAAAGGAAAGCAUGCGUUUGUAUUGCGUGGUGCCUAUCGUAGCUCGAAACAUUGACAGGGACUUAUAUUUACCUCAUUGUGGAGUAACAUUGCCUGCUGGGACGAGCGCGGUAGUUGGUGCAUUUGCGGUUCACCGCUCCAAAGCAGAAUGGGGUCCGAAUGCUGAUGAAUUUGAUCCCGACAGGUUCCUGCCUGAAAGAUCUAUUGGCCGACAUCCUGCUGCUUUCUUACCCUUUAGUUAUGGAUACAGAAAUUGCAUCGGUCGAAAUUUUGGCAUGAUAAUAAUGAAGAGCAUAAUCUCGAGCAUUGUUAGAUCAUACAAAAUCAAUGCACAAGAAAUUGGACCAUUGAAAAUGGAACUUCUAUUGUUCCCUAUUAACGGACAUCAAGUUCGUAUUACAAAAAGAUGAAACCUUAUUUUGCUUAGAUUACGUAAUUGUAUAGUAAAUCGCCGCCUUGUUACAGCUGAAAAAUUUACUUAAAAUCAUAUCUUAUGUGAAUGUUUUGAAAAUCCUACCUUAAGGUAUGUCC